CGACAGCAUGCCGUUUGCAUGUAUUUUUGGCGGUUCUUUUCGAUCAAUGUCAAAACCGUCUGUCAUAACAAAUUUAAGCCGCCGGCUCUGAGCCGAAUUUUGUGAUAACAAGUUAGAUUUUGUUCGUUUUUAAUCAAUGGAUUUCUUUCAAAAAGUACCCAAAAUUGAGCUUCACGCUCACCUGAAUGGCUCGCUGAGCAACGAAACGCUGAAGGGGUUGAAGCGGUUGAAGAAUGAACUGGAUUCGGCCUAUGCGUCGACGACCGAUUUGGGCGAUGAUUUCUACAAGAUAACCGGUGGACAAAACCUGACGUUGAAGGAAUGUUUCCAAAAGUUCACCUACGCCCAUCAACUAACGGAUCACCCGAAAACGUUAGCGUACGCCACAAAAGCGAUAAUUCGGGAGUUUGCCGAAGACAACGUGAUCUAUCUGGAACUAAGGACGACUCCGAAAUCGACCGCCAAUAUGACCAAACGGCAGUACCUUACCACAGUUCUUGAGGCAAUAAGACAAGCCAGCGAAGAACUUCCUUCGAUUGUCGUCAAAUUGCUGCCAUCGAUCGACCGUUCUAAGGGGGUUAUUGAGGCAGAAGAAAAUGUAGCCUUGGUACUGGAGCUGCUUCCGGCCUUUUCUGACAUCAUCGUCGGGAUGGAUCUGAGUGGUGCUCCGUAUAAGACGAAGUUCUCCGACUAUGCCACGGUUAUGAAGCGGGCUCAGGCGGCGGGAUUGCGAAUGGCCCUACAUUGUGGGGAGUUUGACGACGAUGGAGAAGUACAGGAGAUGUUCGAGUUUGGAACGGACCGAAUUGGACACGGGACCUUUAUCCGGGGUGAUAAUCUGCAGUUUGCCAAAGAUAGGCGGAUCCCAUUCGAAUGUUGCCUUACCAGCAAUGUUAAAUGUAGUACGGUUCGGAUCGUACGAAGAGCAUCACUUUGGUAGGACUGUGGGAAGGUGGGUUCGAUGUUUGCAUAAAUACGGAUGAUUUUGGAGUGUUCGACACAAGUCUUUCCCAAGAGCUGCAAAUCAGUUCGAAGGUGUUCGGAUUGUCUCAGGAAGAUAUCAUCACCUUGCAGGAGCGCACAAUCGGUUACACGUUUGCUAGCGAUCAGGAGAAACUAAGGUUGACAGAAACGAUCACCAAUUUCCGAAGUCCUGGAAUUGAAAUCAGUCAUAAAAAUGAGACCACCGAAUCGAUUGUUUCAAUAUAGCAUUCUCUUUUAUUCUGACCUUGUCUGACAUCGCUUUCGUUACAUGGUUUGAUUUUCAGUUUUAAUCCUAUAUUACACUUUUGGUUUUUCAUACUAUAACCAUUCUCUGUUCUACUUCUGUACUUGGUUGUGCGGAUCUGUAAAAAGAUAAUGUUCACCAAUUGAAAAAAAAUCGUUCACCACAUGGCGUCAGAUUUGAACGUUAUAGUUGCCAUUUCACCGAUCGUAACUGAAUUCAGAAUCACUGUACAACGAGGAAAUAAAUGGACCCAAAAUGGCACCUAAUGCAUGUGGCUGAUUGAAUGUCUUGAAUAGCUCCGUAUUCCAUGGAAUAGAAUAUUAAGUAAUCGAAUGGUAAUAAUUUUCUUCACCGGAAUAGUUUCUAUAUCUCCGUUAUGCCCAAGUUUUCCCUUUGCAAUGCUAUUUUUUCUGGAAUCAAUAAUUUGGGGAAUAUGUUGGAGCACAUUUCAUUUAGUGUCAAUUACUGAAAGAGCCAGUUUCCGCCCCGAUUUCCCCUAAAUUUUAUUCUUUGAUGUUUAAGAGUAUUUACAACUGAUUGCUGCAAUUCCAAAUAACUAUUAUCAAACAUCUGGGAAUACUCUGGAUCACGUUAAACCCUUGAAAACCCGAGAUGACCUUGAAUUUUUAAAUGGCCACAAUCCGGAGACCAGCAGAUCAAGAAUUAUCUGACGAUAAAAAUCUGAUUGGAAAUUCAUCCGCUAGGUGGCACCAUUGACAUUUUUUUUCACUUGUCUGUACCUCAAGAUCCUAAUCAGCUAGAAAGUUUAUGUCUUCGGCAAAGCUAUUUAGCAGAUCAAGAACUAUCAAGCGUUGAAGAGUCUGAUCUACUGACCUCCGAAUUGUGGUCAUUUAAAAAUUCAAGGUUUGUCUCGGGCUUUUAAGGGUUAAAGGGAUCACAGUGACUAAUAGAGCCCAUUUGGUCCAAAUUUGCCAAAAAAUGCUUCUUUUGGAAUAUAGAACAAAUGUAACUGAUUGCGAACAACUAAAUUUUUCGUACUUCCUUCAGUGUCCAUGUGAUUCCAACAUAAGGAAGAGACGAACCAGCCUACGGUUGAAA